ACUACGUUCCCCAGUAGUUGGCAGUUUAUUUUUCUGAAAGGGAGGGGCCAUGGUUGAUAUUUCCGAGUUCCUAAGCACUUGCUUGCCAUUUUGCUUUCGUUGUUCGAGGAAUCAGGACGUGACAGUCAGCAGAAAUCCAAAUCAUGAAUAAUUAUCCUGGGAUGUGCUUAGUGUUCUGUUUUGCAAUAUUUGGAUUGGGCUCUGCCAUCCGCUGUGUCAAAUGCAAGGAUGACACCGGGAGCUGCACAACUACACAGGACUGCCGUGUUGAUGAGGAUGCCUGCCUGACACUAGCUGAGAGAGGGGGACAGACAACUCGGCAGUGCAUCAAGGUCUCUGACUGCGACUUCAAUCGAUUGGCCCAGAUGUUUCCAACUGUACCAAAAUUUACCUUUGAUUGUUGCACCAGUGACCUAUGCAAUGGAGCCACAUCCAUUGGCACUGGCAAGCCCUUGCUGGGCCUUCUUGCCUCAUUGGCAGUGAUGUGGUGGUGUAUGCAGUAACCUCUCCUCACACUUACAUCUUAGAAGCUCUAAUGCUGCCAUUCUACUCAACAGAAGCCACUGAUGGAACGGCAAGCAGGAAGAUAAGAUCUAAAAGCUCAUGCUGAAAUUCUGCCUUACUUGCCUGACUUACUGCUACACAUUUGCAAUAUUGAAUUUGACACUUUGCACUUAAUUGGAUUUUAAAGCAUUCUAUGAUAACCUAUUUGUUGAUUACCAAUGCUUUGUGCUUCAGCCCAAGGGCUGAAAAUAGGAAACGUGCUCACAGGUCAUGAGUUUGGAAAAGGUAUAUCAUUCAACCAAUCCUAUUUUGAGGCUUGUAAAAUAGACUAACAAUUUCCAUCUAAGGGGGUUUGCUCAGAAUUAUGACCAAGUAUUGCUCCAAUAGGUUGUCUAUAGUUUGUUGACCCAAAGUUACUAUGAUGUGCUUAAAUGUAAGGGAUAAUUUGAGAAAUGUUUGUGGGUCUGUGAUUGAGUGGACAAAGUAUUGAUUGUAUAAUUAAAAAUGCAAAUACUGUGGAAUUCAUGAUGUGGAAUUUGGAACUAAAUGUUGAUCAUUUUGGGAGAGACAUUUGUUCACAUACAAUGCCUUCACCGCAAUUUUUUUCAAACAAGCCUGAAACACUUUCUAAAGACUGACAUCUGCUGGAAGCCGUACGGACUGCAAUCUGGGAGGUAUCCCUUAUAUAUUACCAUAGACAGCCAUUAUAAUCAGUGCUAUAUCAGUUCUGUUAUACUCAGACAUUUAUUUUGUUUUCUAUCCAAUACUACCAAUGAUAUGCAUAUCCUAGCUUCUGGGCCUGAGUAACAGGUAGUUUACUUUGGGCACCUCAGUCAUCCAAACUUCUAAAUACUGCCUCCUACCCUGAAGAAGUUAAACGCUGUAAUAAAAUAUGAUGUAAAUGUA